AUGCCACCGCAAGCAAGUCGCCGGCGACCAGAGGGCGGCGACGGAUACGCCGCCGAUGGGGUGGACCGGCUCAGUGACCUCCCCGAGGAGCUGCGCCUCGAGAUACUCGGCCGUCUCGGCAGCGCCCGCGAAGCUGCCUGCACCAGCGUCCUCUCCCACCGGUGGCGCGGCCUCUGGACCCGGCUACCGGACCUGGCCUUCCGCGGCGUCGGCAUCGGCUCGGUCGAGGCCGCGCUCGCGCAGCUCGCCGGCAGCCCCGCGCUGGACCUCCUCAACGUUUGUGUGGAAGAGCACGUGAACCCCGAACGCAUCUCCUCGUUGCUCCGCGCCGCCGCGCCUCUGGCGCCCAAGAAUCUCACCAUCGCCAGUGAAUACGGACCACGGGGGGAGGGCGCUGUCGACCUGCCCUGCCUGGACCGCACUGCCUCCCUCACGAUUAGCUUGGUGGAGAUGUCCUUGGUGCCGCCCCAAGCCGGCGAGUUUGCCGCGCUCACGAGCCUCUCCAUCGUCUGGUCCAGCAUCGACGUCGCGGCGCUGCUCCCCCUCUGCCCGUGGCUGCGCGUUCUGCACUUGCAAAAGUGCUUUGAGCUAGGGGCUCACGCGGUUCUUCACUUGCCGUUGCUGGAGGAGCUCCUUCUGAGAGAAGACUUCUUGGAGUCUAUUGACAUCGAUGCGCCGGUGCUUAAGAAGGUGGAGGUGGAGGUAUUCGUGGACGAAGAGCUCAGCGUGUCGUUCUCUGCGCCAAUGGUAGAGCUAUUUGACUGGGUCCUCGUAUACCACCAGUUUGAUGUUGCUUUUGGUCGGCUAUGGCGAAUGAAUAGUGUGCGUGAGCUCCGCAUACAGGGGUACCUACCGUGCGUCGAGAUCCAGUUGCAAGCAGAUCCAGAUCUGUCCGAUCAAGACUGGUUCUGGGACUUUGCGAAAGCCAUAGCACAGCUUCGUUAUACAAAUGCUUAG